AACAGAGUGAAAAGAAACCGCCCAUCACACACCCCAGCACACCAGCUCUGGAAACUUAUAACCUCGGGAAGCAGGUCCCUCCCCUCACAGCGGUCACAUACCUCCAGAAGAGCAGACCUGACAGCCACCAGCUCCAGCUCCUCAGGGCGCCUCAGUGGCUUGGACCUCAGGAAACACCACGUCCUUCGUCAGAUGGUGUGAGACAGCUUUCUUCAAAGUUCACCAGAAAGUUUUCCAGAAAGAGAUGGAGAUUUCAUGAUCGGGAAAACACAAAUCAGUGAAAAGACAGAAUAGUGUCUAACAGUUGAAUAAAAUCAAGGCUGUGUUAUGACGUGAUUGAGAUUUGGGGAUCCUAGGUGAUGUCCUUUGGCUAGUUCUCUGGUAGCCUGAAAGUUCUGCGCAAAGAACUCUUCGUUGCUCUUUGAGGCAUCAAAAAGCCAAGAUGUUGGUAUUACUGGCUGGGAUCUUUGUGGUCCACAUCGCCACUGUCAUCAUGUUAUUUGUCUCCACCAUUGCCAAUGUCUGGGUGGUUUCGGAUAUUACGCAAGCAUCAGUCGGUCUUUGGAAAAACUGUACGAGUGGCGGCUGUGAAAGCAUCCUGUCAUAUGCCAGUGAAGACGCCCUCAAGGCGGUGCAGGCCUUCAUGAUCCUUUCCAUCAUCUUCUCCGUCAUCUCCCUUGUGGUCUUCGUGUUCCAGCUCUUCACCAUGGAGAAGGGAAACCGCUUCUUCCUUUCCGGGGCCACCAUGCUUGUGUGCUGGUUGUGCGUUAUGGUUGGGGUGUCCAUCUAUACUCAUCAUUAUGCCGGUGGUUAUGGAACCAACUACUCGACCAGUCACCAUGGCUACUCCUUCAUCCUCACCUGGAUCUGCUUCUGCUUUAGCUUCAUCAUUGGUGUGCUCUAUCUAGUCCUGAGGAAGAAAUAAGGCCGAACAAAUUCACGGGGAUCCGGGGGGUGGGGAGAAGGAAGCCGUUGAAUCUGGGAGGGAAGCGGGAGAUACUCUGCAGGAAAAACCGAGAGAGGGGAGGGGGGCGGGGAGGGGAAGUAGGGUGGGAGAGGCUGAAAUCCAAACCAUUCCUGAGGAGGUUCUCUGCUGGGCGAGCCCCCACCCUUGGGAGAAAGUAGUUGGCUAGCGCUCUGCUGCUCCCCGGAUGCAGCCGGAGAGCCUCUCUCCAGCCACCAGACUUGGCCUUCGGCUGUUCUCAGUUACACACACUGCCUGGGGCCCCAUCAACUGCCACACCACGGGCUCCACUCCUGAGGCUGAAUUCUGGGUCUCGUGCUGCCGUCCUCAGACAGAUUGCAUCAAGUUAAAAUAGCGGUACAAGUUCCAGCAAGAGCAGAUCUUGUUUUUGUGUUGAAUAUGCUAAGCCUGGAAACCAUCGUGCCUUUCUGACCCAAAGCAAAACAUCGCAUUCCGGUCUGAAGGUCCCAUAUGAGGGCUUUGGCCAGUGAGCCAUUAUCCCUCUUUAGAACAGAUAUUUAACUCGGUGGAACUCAGUGGUAUUUGUGACGAAAUGGGAGAAAGACAUAUAGUCCUAAGGCCAAAUUGGUGGGUGAGUUAAACCAAGAAAGAGAACUUUUCACAGUGGAAGUCCUGGGGGAUGAUCAGAACCCAGACCGGACCUCACACAGCUGUCCCUCCCAGAGACCUCUUGCUAUGGACUUUGCUAGGCCUCUUGCUUAAAGCCAAAGCAGCUCUUUUGGCAUUUCUGUAAAGCCACCAAUGACCAAUUCCGUGGUGAAAGCACCACACAAAUUAUGGGACCAAGGGGCAAUCUGGUGACAGUGCUACAGUAGGGUUAUGUUUUUAGGACCCCCUGUCCAUGCAAUCAGUGUUUCUUUUGAGCACAUACUGGGAGAGAGAUGGACAUGGUUCCUUGUAACAUGAUUUAUUACUCUCCCUCUAAAUUAUAACUUUUGAGGACAUUUUGUCAAAUUAUCUGCAUUGGGGAUCGGGACUCCUAGUCUCAGUGGUAGCUCUCUCUCUGACAUGGGCUGGAGCCAUUGCCUUUCCCACAGGUGAGGCAGGGCAAUUCUGGAAGCUUAGUAAAACACAAACCAAAACCAAAUAGAUCCUUGGGUGAAAGGUGCUAUAUAAUUGGAAAGUAUUAAGCAUACUAGAUUUCGGUCAUGAUUAGAACAGAGUGCCUGCCUUCCCAGGAAAAUUAGAAAAUUCCCACGAGACAAAUAAAAACAUAGGUGUUGGGUGGAUAUUUUCUUUAAGAGAAAAAAAUAAAAAGCAAAAACUCUUGUGGUACCCAGUCAGUUGGCGAUUGGGCUGUCUGUUGCCAUAGGAGCAUUUCUAUAGAACUUGGUAGCAGUAUCUUAUUCCUGGGUAAGCAGGCAUGGCUCUGGCCUGGAGCAGCUGAGCCAUCUCAGAUUCUGUCGAAAGGGGUUGUUUUGGGAAGAGAUUUCCUUUAUUACCUGAGAAGAAGAUCUACCCCAGGGGGGAUCUGAGACAUCUUGCCUACUUUCCUUCUCCCAGCUCUCUCCUUAUCCCAUUUCUUACGUAAUUUUCCUUUCUGGGGGUUGCCAUGCCAUGAUUGCUGGUAUUUAUGUAAAAGGACUAUGACUAAGUGUAUUGCUCUAUGUUCAUUCUGGUUAAGGGAAUAUUGAAGGCAGGCCACCAGAUUACCUGGGCUGGGGGUAGAGAGAUGGCAAGCAAAAACUGUGGGAUGAUGAACUUUUUAAUUAUGACUUAAUUAUCACAUGAUUAUAGAAGGCUGUCUUAUGUGCAGAAGCAUACUUACAUAUCAGAUAUACCCAAAAGAGAUACUCGCAUUAUGUUGAAAAGUCAAACUAUGACUGGAGUGAAACAUGUAUUCCCUUGUCUUUUACUUUAUUUCUGUGACAUUUAUGUCUCAUGUAAUUUGCAUUACAUUGGUGGGUUGUUCUAGUACUGUAUUUGGCUUCUUUAAUAGAUUGAUAUUUCAUAUACUAUAAUUGUAAAUAUUUUGAUACAAAUGUUUAUAACUCUAGGGAUAUAAAAAUAGAUUCUGACUCCCUUCACCGUGUGAAUGUUUUCUUCCUAAAAAAUGCAGGACAGUAGGGAUAGUAGUGACAUUUGUGCCUAAUGAAGUUGUCAAUCAGUGUGAUUCGAACAACUUGGCAUUUAUUUGAGACAUUAAACUACUUUCUGGUGAUACAUUAGGCAUUCUACAAUAAUUCUUUCAGGCAAAUGAACGUUAUUAGAUAUAGUUUUAUCUUACAUUAAUUAAACCUCUAAAGCAAAAAAAAAUAGAACUUCAUAAGCUAAUACAUCAGGGAGAUGUUGUGGUCUUGAAUCAGAAUGACUUAUGACAUUAAGAAAUCAGAUACUUGUGAAGUUUCUUUGAAAUAGCCAAUUCCUCUAAUGUGUCUUCAAAAUAUAAAGCAAUUCACAAAGGUAUGCAUCAAAUACAUACCUUUGCAGAAACCCAUUCACUGCAUAAACUGGGCAUAUCUGUACGGGGCAGGUGAGAAAAGGAAAGCUUUACUGUUUUCUGUGAGCAAUAAGGACUGGAAUUAACAGUGGAAAAGCAGAGUAGAUACUUUGUACCCUAGCAUUGUGUCAACACUAUCAUUCAAAUGGUUUUGAUGUGGAUUUGGUGCUCUGUCAGUCCCCCUGUGGUUUUGGAUGAAGUAACUGCACAGAGUAAUACACAAAAAAUACACAAUGGAACCUGAAAAUAAAACUCUAACAUAUUUUAAAGUCAA